GGUUGAAGGCCUCGGGGGUGUAAAUUCGCUGGACUCAUGCUACGAAAACCGCUUUUCAUUUUGCUAGUUUCGAUCUUCACGCUUCUGAUUAUUGUCGCCCUUGUUUUGACCUGCACGCUCAAUCUCGUGGUUCAUCAUUUCAUUGAGGAACAAGCUCAGCUUAACCCUGGAUUACCCUUGUUUCAACAGUGGUCCGAACCGUCUGUGCCAAUCUAUUUACAAUUCUACUUUUUCAAUUUAACUAACCCUACGGAUUUCCGUUUGGGUGCUAAACCUAUUGUCAAGCAAUGUGGACCUUACACCUAUCACGAGCGACGUUUCAAACGUCAGAUCGAGAUCAACGAGGCAGCCUCGACAAUCAGUUACAGUGAAGAGAAACAGUACUUCUUCGUUCGAGCUAUGUCUGUGGGACCAGAGAGUGACGUCAUAUCCAGCAUCAACCUUGUCUACUUGACGAUUGCUUAUCAGGUCAGCUGGUUACCAAAAGUGUUCAUCUCGAUUUUGGAAAUGGCAGAAAAACUAUUUUCCGACGAGCUGAUUACCCGACGCAAUGUGAGCGACUGGCUUUGGGGUUACGAGGACCCGUUUUUAUCUUACAUAAAAGCGCUCAUACCAAUAAACAUCUCGGUCGUCGGUUUAUACUCUAAAAAGAAUAAUACUUUGGAUGGUCCCUAUGUAAUCGAUAGCGGAGUUUCAGAUCGCACCAAACUUGGUCAUAUCCUGAAAUACCAGGGACAUAGUUCAAUGUCUUGUUGGACGACUUCACUGGCAAACCAAAUCAAUGGUUCGGAUGGUUCGUUGUUUCCCUCUUUCCUGGGACAGGACGAGAAUAUAUUUGUAUUCGCCGCGGAUAUUUGUCGGUCACUGGAGUUCAGCCCACGAGAAUGGAGUGAAAUACAUGGCAUUCGGACGAGAAAAUACCUUCCUUUGGAGGAUUCAUUUGAUUCCCCAAAGCUAAACCAAAAAAAUCGCGGAUUUUGCCCUCGCUGGCCCACCUGUUUUGAAACAGGUGUUCUGGAUAUGUCUUCCUGUCAACCCGGAGUUCCAAUUGCCAUGUCCAUGCCGCAUUUUGUCCACGCCAAUCGAACCUAUCAGGAUGGUGUGAUUGGUUUGCACCCGUCAGCUGAGUUUAACACGACAUUCCACAUCGAGCCAAGGACUGGACUAGUGUUGAGUGCCACGAAGAAACUGCAAGUGAAUGCAAACAUCACCAGGAACCCGAAAUUCCACAGUCUCGCCACUGUCUCCUCGGUCCUUUUGCCCAUAAUGUUUGUCAACGAAAGUGUCACAGUGGAUUCAGAUCACGCCAAAUGGCUCCGUCAGUCCAUCGAUGUUAUGCCAUUGGUCGCACUUGUAGGUACUUCACUUUUGCUUGUCACCGCCUUCAUGGUUAUCCUAAUCUUGACUAUCGUAUUCAUGCGGCAAAGAAGAGAACCUGAUAAUGAACCACUCCUUACAACAGACUCAGACGUCGUCGCGUAAUAUACCCGUUCAUGAUGUUAUUUCCUGCGAGAUUCGUUGCAUAGCAAAACCUCAUUUUGGUGAUUUUCAUGCAUAUUAUUUCUUUCUUUUUCCUGCUUGGUUUUUAAUUCACUAUGGAUUUUGAAUUUUUGAUAUCAUGGCAUGUUGAAAUUUGAUCUAUCGGACAGAAGUCAUACUGUUUUUUACUGGUUGACUUCCAGCAGAUCGAUUAUUUUGCAGUCUUGUUUGUUGGUUUGCUCAUAAAGGUCAUCGAAUCCGAUUGCCCUUGCUCAUGUGACGUUUACUCGGUCUCCGUUCUCCGAAACUCAAGUGUCACAAACGGAUGGCCUUGCCCGAUUUGUGAUCACCGCGCCAUCACAUGUUAGUUUUAUGUGUCUGAAAGGUAAUGAAGGCUAGUUCCUGUCUACCAACUGGCCUAGUUUGUGACAUUGGUCUCUGGCUAUUCACACAAGUUUGUCUGUUUUUUCACCCAGUUAUGGACAACAUGAACUGUUGGAACACACAGGUACUUUUUCUGCAUUCCUCGGUAUUGAUUUGUCUGGAUAGACAGUUCCGGAAAUACCUUUGGGCCUUGACCAAGGAAGUUUUGCUCACGGUGCUUGUGACGAAUAUGAACCGUACUGUGCCCGGAUUAUUUAAAUUUCUCCGUAUCCGGCUGACUCUAACUGCUUUUGUACGUGGUAGCCUGCUUUGAGUUAUCUGAAAUGGAAGCACUGAAUGUUCAGUACUCUUGACUGUCGG